AUGUCUGCUGCCGCCAACGCUGCCAAAAAGUCUUUCUGGUCUAUCUGGUACAAGCCUGAAGUUGCUCCCAUUUUUGUUGUCGUUGGUGGUGCUUGUUCCUUGGCUGGUUGGUACCUUACCCGUCUUGCUCGUGGUCCUGAAGUCGUCUGGGAUCGUACUCGCAACCCUUAUCCUUGGCAAAACAUUGACCAAAAUACCCAAGUCAAGCUCUUGACUGUCAACCAAAAGUUCGAUAAAGUCUACUCCCGUGAUCGUCUUUAG